AGCGAGGACUAGGCCACGAAAGUAUGGCGGCUACGGAGGCAGCGAUGGCGUCGUCGUCUUUGUCUUUGGAAACAGACCCAGCCCCAGUCUUAGAAAGUGCAGGAACAGCCGCAGCAACGGCCGCGGUCUCCCCAGCAACGGCUGCAGGCGCGACAGCUGAGGCUCCGGCUGAGACCGCAGCCGCGACGGCUUCGGCUGAGGCCGCGACUGAGACUGCGACGGCCGAAGCUGCGGCUGAGCCUGCGGCCCCUAAGGCUGAGGUUGAGGCUGAGGCGGCCGCUUCGGCGGAGGCUGCGACUGAGACUGGGGCCGCUUCGGCUGAGGUCGCGAAUGAGACUGCGGCCGUUUCGGCGGAGGCUGCGACUGAGACUGAGGCCGCGGCUGAGACUGAGGCCGCGACGGCUGUGACCGAGGCUGCGGCUGAGGCUCAGCCUGCGACCGAGGCUGCGGCUGAGACUGAGGCCCCGACUGGAUCGGAAGCGGGUGACGCCAAGUCCGCUAUGGCUAAUAAGCUGCUGUCCCUAAACGGCGUGUUCGCUGUGCACAAGCCCAAAGGGCCCACUUCAGCUGAGCUGCUGAAUCGGCUAAAGGAGAAGCUGCUGGCAGAAGCUGGAAUGCCUCUUCCAAAAUGCAACAAGAGGAAAAAGCAAACUUUCAAAAUCGGGCAUGGAGGAACUCUAGACAGUGCAGCCAAAGGAGUUCUGGUGGUUGGAGUUGGAAGAGGAACAAAAAUGUUGACCAGUAUGCUGUCAGGGACCAAGAGGUACAUUGCCACUGGAGAGCUGGGAAAAGCUACUGAUACGCUGGAUUCUACAGGGAAAGUAACAGAAGAAAAACCUUAUGAUAAAAUAACACAAGAAGAUAUUGAAGGCAUUCUACAGAAGUUUACUGGGAAUAUAAUGCAAGUACCCCCCCUCUAUUCUGCAUUAAAGAAGGAUGGACAGAGACUUUCAACUUUGAUGAAGAGAGGUGAAGCAGUAGAAGCAAAACCUGCCAGGCCAGUUACUGUGUACAGUAUCUCCCUUCAAAAAUUCCAGCCACCAUUUUUCACAUUAGAUGUUGAAUGUGGAGGAGGUUUUUAUAUCAGAAGCUUGGUCAGUGACAUUGGCAAAGAACUCUCUUCCUGUGCCAAUGUGCUAGAGCUGACCCGAACCAAACAGGGACCAUUUACACUAGAAGAUCAUGCCCUUCCUGAAGAGAAGUGGACCAUUGAUGACAUCGCGCAGGCUCUCGAGCUCUGCUCAUCUCUUCUCCCAGAAGAGACAGGACUUAAAAAACCCAAACCUGAGGAGUCUAAAGAGGAGAAAGAAGAGCCUAAAGAACAGGCUGUGAGCUGUGAAUGUGUAUCAUUAAAUGAGGUGAAGGGAGAGGAUGAUGUAAUUCAGACAUGUUAAAAUUGGCCUGGCUUUUUUUUUUCUCCCACGCAUGAAGAAAAAUAUCCAUUACUUAUAGUUUCUAUAGGGUACAGUUCAUCCGCUAGAAAUUAUAAAUGGCUUUACAGUUGUUCAGUUCUUUGCUGUAUUAUGGAAUGUUCUUUUAGGAUGUUUUUAUGUUGUUUCUGAAUUUGAUCUCUCUUCAAAGUCUUUUCCUGUGAAAAGUUGAACAAAUUUUCUAAUCAAAGAAAAAAGAAAUGUGGAGCUACAUGUGACUUCGGUUUCACAAAAGUGAACGUAAUUUAGUGUUAUUUUGACUUUCUGCUGGCUCCAUAUUGUAUUGAAAUUCUUUUUUUAACUAUGUUUGAAAUGGCCAUCAUUUAACUCUUUGUGUUUUGGAGAGUUUAUUUUUAUUAAGAACAUGUCUUUGAUAAGACCGCACUCAUCUAGUAAUAGCUGUGUUUGUUUAGAUCUUGGAAACUAAUAAAUUUUUAUAAUAAAUAUUUGUAAGUGAACCAGAUUAUUACUGCUA